AUGGUUACUACAGAUAUGAUUUCGAUUUACUGUGAUCUGAACGAUGAAAACAAACUGUCGAUUGUCCUUCCGGAAGACUACGAGCCUUCGUGUGGCUUAAAGCUGCGUGUGCUUGGCGAGACUCACAUCCUUUUGGACGCUAACGGAGUACUGUUGCAAGGCGUAUACCGGGCCUCGGAAAAAAGGAUAGAAUUCCAAUGUUUGGAACGGGGUAUCGCCGACUUCGACACCGAGGGCAAUUGGAUAUUUUCCAUUAAGGCCGAAAACGGAACAGUGCAAAGGAGCAGGAACGGAUCCCUCAAAGAAUGGAUUCACCUAUUUCCCGACCGCCAAGGGUUUGUACGAUUGUGCUGCAACAAUAACGGAAUCCUGCUGCUGGCUGAUGACGGAAGUUUGUUCGUGCAAGGUGACUUUGGAACAGUAUUCAACUGUGAUCAAUUAACAGAGGUGCACGAGGUCAAAGAAGAGUGUGUUCAGCAGCUUGCCGCUGGCAUUGAUUAUGCGAUCAUAUCUUUGCAAAAACGCACCAAAGUGUUCAGCGCUAUACAGGACGAUAUAUAUUUCGAUAAGUAUGCAUUUGCUGAGGAAGAUCCUGGACGAUACAGUGACUGGCGGAACAUAUUCGAGCAUUACAACUUCCAGCCGCUCCAUCAUCAGAUGAUCGAUACUUCAGUGACGAUGGAUGAGGCGUCGGUUUAUGGCCACAUGUUACAUCAAACAGGAGUUGCUAGCUUCGGUAAGGUUAAUAAAGGUCAACUCGGUACCGGAGAUCACAUACGUCGGGAUAAGAUUCAUCAGCUCAAUGUGUAUAACGUUGCAAAAAUAGUUUCCUGCUGCGAUUAUUCAUCGGCGCUAACGAUCGAAGGCCAGCUUUUCUUCUGGGGAGAUAUGAACAAAAACCAGGCCGUUAGUUGGAGGCUAGGAAAUGAGGGAAACACUAGUACUCCUACAGUUUGCAAUCGGUUUAAGCACGUGAUGGACGUUUGCAGCGGCAAGUUCCAGACAUAUGCGCUGACCACGGAUCUUAAACUGUUCGACAUCAAAUCAACAUCGGACGAUGAAUGGUUAACCUACAAAAUAUCUGCUCCAGAAGUUCACCGAGGCCGGGAAAUUGGCGAACACAUUCCGUUCGUAUUGGCAAGCGAUAGCUUGCUAUUGAUAAAUCAUCUUCCUAUUAGACAGGAUGUGCUCAAAAUAUACAACAAGGAACAAGACACGCUUCAAGCUCUGUCAAAGCAUAUUAAAGAAUUAAAUUCUAAAAAACUAAAAAAGUAUGAGGGUGUGCUAUAUUUCCACCGAUGCUGUACCUCAUUAUUCCAUCUGCUUGUGCUGAGAAUGCAGUCCCUGCGAUCAUUCCUGGUACAGCAUGCAAUAAACCGGCUCAUAUUUGUGAAGAUGCACCGUGAGAUCUAUCUGCUUUACCAGUGGAUGGUUCAGUGUUUUUGUAAUUGUGAAUGUAUUGGCCAUAUGGGGCCAAAGGAUCACGAGAUUAUUAAGAUUUACUUGGGCAACGUGCAGGUUCAGAUCGAUCUGGCGGAGCUAUUGAUUCGGAUCCAUUCUGAUAAUCCGCUGGACGAAUCCACAGAAAACGAUCUACUAACGGUGAAAUCAGCAUGGAUGCGAUUCCUUAACGAAGAGGUCAGCGAGAAGAUGGGCAAUGUAAUGCAGCAAACCAAAGAGUUUUGGCAUCGUGAGGAAAACAUAAGAUGGCAAACGAUCAAGCAACUACAUCGACGUGUCAUAUUGGACUCCAACGACGUAACGCUGAAGCUACUGGAUGUAAACAUUUUCUCUUCCUCACCACGAUUCGUGUUAUUUAACGACGUGUUUUGCUACCUAUCAGGCCAGAAUACGGUUGUGAAAUAUCCUCUACGACUCGUCUGGAUAACGACGGAAGUAAGCGAGCUGCAUCGGAGCCGGUACAAAGACAAGCACCGAUAUAUGAUUACAAUCAUCACUCCGGAAGAGACGCUCCGUUGUCACACGCUGAAUUUGGCCGACAAAAUGCACUGGCUCGGUGCGUUAAAAACACAGAUCUUGCAAUGUUUGGACAAGAAGACGCACGACAAGCAGCCGCUUUAUCGAUUUGCGCGGUACGAUUACAGCGAACGGAACGAAAGGCUUACGGGGUCCUGGUACGAGGGAAUGUGGUUAAUUGGACAGAUGGAUGGAAUAGGUUCGCUGAAUAGCCCCGAUCGAUCGUACAAUGGAGAGUUUUACCAUAGCAAUAUCACAGGAUACGGCCGCAUGAAUCGUACCGUUUUCGGAAUUUCCACCGUCUACGAAGGUGAAUUUGUUAACGGCAAGUAUGACGGAUAUGGACGAUUGAAAACUACAAGUAAUCGAUCGACGCACUACUUUCGCUAUAAAGGAUAUUUCAAGGCGGACAAGUACAACGGUUUCGGUACACUCUCGACGAGCGCGUACCAGUACAACGGAGACUUUGUAAACGACCAAAAAGAAGGCUUCGGUGUGGUGGAGGAUAGCCUGAAUGGUGUGAAAUUUAUUGGCAUGUUUAUGGGUGACAAAAAGCAUGGCAACGGCAUUCUCGUAACGACGAACGGCACGUAUUAUGUGGGGUUUUUCGCCAACGACGUACUCACACAUUCCACCGCUGGGUUGGCCAUAUUUCCAAGCGGAAUUUACUACAAGGGUGAGCUUACCAUCGAUGGCCCUUUCGGCAAGGGAGUGUUCUACUAUCCAGAACGAGAGAUCGAUUCGGAACAAUUCGAGCUAGAUGAUUCCAAUACCAAGAUGGCAGGUCACACAAUGACAGGCGUCUUUGGAGGCACGUGGUCAAAUGUGAAAAUCAGUAACGCCUCUAUGGCAUUGGAUCAGGUGUUCAAUAAAGUGCCCAUGUUGGAUCUCAAGAUUAACGCGGAACGAAAAUGGUCGUCGAUAUUUGCUUGUUUCCAUGAGACGCUCUUCGGUACCAGUGACAUCGUUGCUAUCAGACGCAUGGACAUCAAGAAGGUGUGGAACAAGGUGGCCAUUUUCGUAAGCCGAGCCAAGCGAAAAGAGCAACUUAAGGCAACGAAUUUUAUCGUAUCAAAGCCAAGUGAACUGGACGAUCGUACGGCGGCUCAAAUUUGCCAAUCUGGCUACGAGAUGCAGAGCGCAUCGACGCUUUCGUUGCGCUCGAGUUACUCCGACUCUCGAUUAUCGCUCCAUAACGGCGAUUCAUCCUCACCGGCGGCACCGUCCCCGACGAUCGCACCCGACGCAAUGUCGGUGCAAAGUUUUUCCUCUGUGACGUCACGAAGCGAGGAGGACGAAUUCAUGCUGCACCCGACAAGUUAUGGCCGCCGCGGGCGGCAAUCGUCCCCAUUCCGCGAUCUCGAUUUCAUUCCCAAUUUUUGUAUCACCUCCAUCGACCUCGAGGGGUUGGAGUUGCUGCGAUGCUACCUCAUCGAUGCCUUUCAAAGCGUGUACCAUCCGUUGCAUGGGCUGUUCGAGAAGCUGUCGAAUUGCUUCUACUCGACGUACAGCUGCUGGAAGUUCACGCCGAAUUCCAUCCUCUGCGAACCGGCUAUGAACGAGUGGAUAUCGAUCGUCAGUCGCAUUUACACCCUAGUGCUGACGGUGAUGUUUCCCGCCCUGCCGAAGGACUCCAUCAUGAUCGGAGACGAACUUGUGUCAUAUCAAAGCCUGCUGUAUCCAAUACUCAUGACGCAAGGGAUUUACUCUGCCCUGUUCGUCCUUUACGCCAGCAAGUGCAGCAAAAAUGAUGAAAUCUAUCGACAACGGAUAUUAAUUUGCUUGAAAAAGACUGAUGAAAAUUUGGCUCAGCUUCUUGACAUCAACCGCAACCUAGUACCUAUUAUCAAACACGAAAAGUAUCAACAAGCAAUCGAGAGUUUGAACAGCUUCCGGGAAAAGUGUUGCCCGAGCGAGAUGAUAAAGCAUAUCAACGAAGCGUUUGCGCUUGUCGACCAAGCGUGCAAAGAACAGGAAGUCCGGAUGGACGUGGCCGCUGACAACCUGCUGGAGUUGAUCAUAUGGCUCAUCAUCAAGGCCAACCUGCCGCAAUUGGGCGCUGAAAUUAGUCUACUCGAGGAUCUCAUGCAGAACGAUUACGGUCUUAGCUCUCGGAACACGCAGAACGAUUACUGUUUGAUCACACUGAAGGCUUCCUAUCAGUAUAUUAUAAGUGAUAACUUUUUCGUUAACAAAACAUUCGACCCGGCCGGAGCGAGUCCGUGAAAGUUUUCUCGUUUUCAUCGUGAUUUUCCCGUGUUCCGUUAUU